AUGGGCACAUGCUAUUUGUCCAAACCACAUGGGUGCCAUGUCCUGCUUUUGCCCGCUUGUACCCAAGCCAUGCUCUCAUUGCUCUGCCCAUCACUUGUCAUUUAUAAGUGUGACCCCUGCUUUGACCCAAAGACACACUUAGACAGACACCCUUCAUACAAUCAGACAGGAACUGGUCAGCCAAAGCUGACCAGUUCCUCUUUUCUUACAUUUUCUUUAUUGCACUGUCCUUCUCUUUCCAGUGCCAAAGAACUCACAGAUGUGAAAGGAAAUAAAUAUGAGUUUAGAGUGUGUGAAGGUGUCAGCGGGCAGGCAUCAGAUGUGGGAAUGGUUAUGAUGAGAUCUGGUGACAAGCCAGUUGUGCUUGGAAACAACAGCAGGGCUCUAGUUUCAAGUCAAGAUAACUGGCUGAUGCUUACCUUGCUUGGUGGUGAUAACUACACCAGCUCUUGCAACAAAGAAGAGCGGAAAGCACACAUUAUGUUUGUGUGUGAUCGCAUGCAAGCUGAGUUGGAAAUUCACACUGUUGAGAUGCUGAACAUCAGUACUUCAUGCUACUUGCUGUUUGUUGCUGGACACAAAAGCAUCUGUGCCCCUACACCUGCUUCUGGCCUUAGUGGAGGAUCAAUCUUUCUCAUUAUAGUUCUGGUGACAUUCUGUGCUUAUUUCACCUUUGGUUUCUUCUACCUUCGGUUAGUGCGCGGUGCAAAGGGCAUUGAACAAAUCCCCAAUCGUGAAUUCUGGUUUACAGUUGGCAACAAACUGGCUGAUGGUUGUGGUGCUGUGUGUCGAUGCGACCAAUACUGUGGCGCUGGAAGACCCCCAAGCUCCUAUGAUGGGUAUUCACCCAUUGAGGAACGUUUGGCACAGGAUCUUCAGAAUACAGACAGAGACUCGGCUCUCCUUAGUCCUUAGAAAAAUUCUGUCUCAUUAUUUUAUUUCAAAGGUAUUAGUUAGAAUUCCUCAUUUGAAGGAUUGAAAAUUGUUAUUUCCUUUUAGGAUGCUGGCACGGAAUUAUAGCAAUAAGGGAAUGGCAAAUUCAUAUAGAGAAAUAUUCAAAUAAUGUCAGAUAUAUUGUGCAUAGAAAAAAUAAAUAGCACCACCUAGCCUUUCAAUUGAUUGCUCUGAGCUCCUAAAUACCUGCUGACUGGGCAAUAAGGUGUUAACCAUGGAGAGUAAACCCUAAAGAACAGAUUUCCUAUAGGGCAUUAGUUCAGAUGGCUGAAAUAAAAAGCUAAAUAUUAAGAAGAUCAAUGAAAGGAAGAAAAUACAUAUGUAUAAACUUAUGUUCUAACUAUAAAUAUGAGUAAGACAAAAAAAGUGAGACAAAGGCCGUAAAGUAUGUCAAAAUAAAAAUAGAACAGUUCUUGCAAGUAAGAUGUGCAAAUUGAAAAUACAUGUAUGUGAAGAAACAUACAUACAGCUGGUCCUUAAUAUUCAUCAACAUUUUGGUAAUGUGUGCCGUACAUGUUGCUAGUAUUAUUAAGGUAGUCUAUAGGUAAAUUUUGGAGUUGCAUCAUUCCCCAGACAUAGAUACAUGAUAACUAUAUUAGAAGUAAUGAAAGAAUAUAUUUCUUAAGUGGUGGUAUUACAUAAUCCAUCUGUCUUAUCCUAGAAUAUGUAGUGAUUAUAUCACUUUCAAGACCAAAACUACAUCAGUGGUUAUUUAAAUCACACAGAAAAUUGGGUUUCACAAAAAUACACUUAUUUGUGCAUGAUAUGCGGUGCAACUUAAAGCUAAUGUUAACAAUGAUGGGGCCAUGGAGACUAGUGCUGCCCACCAUUUAUGAUAGUAAGAGGAUGGGAAGAGAAUAUCCACAGUCACUGGUGUAUUUACCGAUAUUAUAUAUUUGUAUAUAUUCUAGAACUUUGAGUUUUACUUGUUUGUACUUUUACAGGUGUUUGUUAUUUUUUCACACUCAGUUUUUGUGUCUAAGUAUUAAUAUGUAAUUAGGCCAAGUCUGAGGAAAAUUAUAUUGGCAAAUAAAACUUCAUGAAUGUAAAGGACCAACUGUCUAUGCAAAAGCAUUUAUACCUCAUUUUCAUUAACAGAAAAAGUAGAAAGAAAAAUGAUGUGUGAAUAGGGAAUAAUCUGUUCAACCUUUGCUGCCUCCAGAAGAUGAGAUACUUCCAUAAGGAAAGAGAGUAAACAUCAUGACAUUUUAUGCAUCCAUGAAUGUUGUCAAGAUGUCUGUGUGGGAAAAAAUGCUCCUUGUACCCCUGCUUAAAUGUUUAACAGAUCAAGAAUAAAAACUGAUCCUGUCAGAACAUAAGACAGUAGCAGGAGAUGUUUGUGAGGUUGGAGUUUUCGGAAAUAUGGUAGUCCCAAAGAAUCAAGGAAAAACAACAUGUAAUGAAAUAAAGUAUUGGGCGUGCCAGCAAAUGGCAGGCAGCACAAUAGGGGAUGGAGGUAUGAUAGAAUAUCAGAUUCAUUAGAAGUGAAAACUUGACCAACUUAGAAGAGAUAUCCAAUGAACCAAAGAAGAAAUGGGAAAAGGGAAUAAGAAAUGGGAGGUCAAGAUAAAGGAACAAAAAUAGAAAGCUAGGUAUGUUUGCACAAAACACCAAAAAGUGCAACUGAAAAGAAAGGUAAGCAGAGAAGCAGGAUAAAUGUGAUAAUACAAAUACCUUAACUGAAAAGGAUGAAGAAUUGGAAAGAAACAGCUGUCUAUCAUUAUGUUGAACUAUUAGCUACUUCUCUAAGUAGAGUUGGGAGUUUUAUUUGAAAUUAUUAUACCAUCAGAAUAGUGUAACACUUCCAGAACUAUUGUUUUCAGUUAUGAAAUAACACCUGUAAAGGGCAACCUCUAAGAAAGGAAAAAUUAUACAAAAGGGAUGGUAAAAUUCAGAGACUUGUAGGGUAAACAGCUGAUUAGGGUGCUUGCACAUAGUGAAAUAGAAUUUGUUUAUCUGUUAAAUAAUAGCAAUCAUUGCUUUCUCAUGGUUAACAGUAUUGAGUUGACAGAGAAGAGGGACUUAUGUCUUUGUCUCAAUAUAAUUUGUUUGAGUAAUUUACCAUUCUCCUUGCCAGUAUAGUGUGCCAGCAUUCUGAAGAGAAAAACAGAUAUGGUCAUGGCAAAAUAGGAAAAAUUAUAAAGUUAUAAUAAUUUUAUGGAGUCAAUAUUUGAUAUUGACAAGUAUUGACUAGUUAUGUAAGGCUGCAUAACAAAAUUAUGUCAAAGAUCUACUUUCAGUAGUUGUCAGUAGUUUAUGAUUAAUAAUGUGCCUCAAGUUUUUCCAGGUUUAUUGAUGUAUUUAUCACUUUUUGAAGGCUUAAUUGUAAGCCAAAAUAUUUGUCUGCACCUUUGGAUCAUGUCUUUCAUAAGAGUUAUUCCAGAAUAUAUUACCUUGCAUUAUCCCUCUUUGUGCUUUACAUGUCUAUUUAUUGAAUUAGACAAUGAAGUGAGAUGUUUUGGACAGCAAUCCUUUUCCUAUGAAACUGAAUUUCACUGAUUGGUUGGCAGACUUGCAUGGAAACCUUAAUUUGUGUGCCACACAUAAGGCUUUGUAAAAUUUAGGGUACUGUGGGAGAUGAUUUUACAUCCACUCCAUUGUCCUCCUCCCUCUUUUUCAGUUCCAAUCUCAGUCAUGUGAUACAUACACUUUAGUGAAUAUGAUUUCUGAGUUGGAUUUUCUCAGUUUGAUAUAGCUUAAGCAUAUUAUUUAAGUCGGAUAACUGAGAUAGUUUAAUUGUGUUAUGCAUAACUAUUAAGAUGUCUAGCUAAAGGUUUAAGACAAAUGUGAAUAGAAUGAAACACAUUUUUAGCAGCAAGUGAAAUUGCACAAAUGAUUUGUAAAUUGUGUUAAUUUAGAGACAGAAAACAUAUUAGAUAGGAAAUUUAAGUAUUGACUUGCCUAAUAUGAUUGCUUAAAUAAGAUAAUGUGAUAAUGCUAUUUCUUAGUGACUGAGAGUCUCUUAAAAAUUACAUAGUGUUUGCCAACCAAUAAUAAUGGCAUUUGGAUUUUGAAGUCAAAUCUACAAUCUAAAUAAGUGUAUGAGUAUAUGUAUGAGGCAGGUGUAGGCAUAAUAAUGAUGUUCCGUUACACACCACUUUAUUAUUAAGAUUUGGAGAGAAGCAGAUAUUAAAGUGAAUAUACUGUAGACUUGUAAUGUUCUGUUUUACUGUUUUUUUAUUAUUGACUUAUUUUUAAUGUGGCUUUUUUGAAAUAUUAAGGUAUUUUCAAGUAGUGAGAUGAGAUUUAGAUUUUCUCUGGACAUUGAUAUCAAUAUUAUAUUGUUCAGAUAAUAAGUAGAUAGGAUCACAAAAAAACCCUGAUGGAGUGGGUGAGGAAUAUUGUAGAAUAUUUUGGAUGUGAACAAGUAAAAAAUCUGGUUGAUGAAUCUGUGAUGUUCUAGCGAGGGUAAUAGCUUUAAUGACAAAAAAUAGUUUUAUAUUUCAAUAUUUUCAAGUAUUGUUGUAAGCUUCAAGAUUGCUUCAGAUAAAUUAUAUGAGGUAAUAUUUUGACAGAAAAUGAAUGGCGCAUUUUGUGUUAUAACACAAUUUUUUUUUAUAAACUUAGAUGUCACUGUGACUGCUUAUUUUUUUGCACUUGUGUGUGAAGAUAUUAAGUACUAGGAUGUGAACGUUGUUGAUUAUAUAGGCUUCUGUAACAAAAGACUGCCAUGUUUUUUUAAGUAUUUAUUUUAUUGUUAUUCUUGUCCCCAGUAACCAUCCAUACAUGUGCCUUUAUUGAUGCAUUGAACAGGGACAUGGUUAGUGUCAAUGUUCAAACUAUAUGUGUGAAAAAAUACUUUUAUGCCUUUUCUGAUGGUGCUUGGCUUGAAAGACCUUCCUGAUUUUUCACCAUGUUUAAAUCUUCCAAACAUAGACCAUACAUAAAAUUAGGAAUAUGUCAUGGAUUAAAGGAAAAGAAAAUUCACUUUGAUGAGCUUUCAGUGCAGGGAGAUUAAAACAAAUGAAAGAAGGAAGCUAUUGAAUCUUGAUUAUGAACUUCAGUAAGGAUGAAAAAGUUCAGAACUUCAUGUGCUAUUGGAUAGGAAAAAUGCAUUGUUUGCUGGUUUCUCUGCUUUUAUAUAUUUUACCUAAGAUCUUUCAAAUAUGGAAAUUUGUAGUAUAAAUAAUUUGACCUCUUUUGUA